AUGCAUAAGAGAAGAAAAUUCAGCUCAGGAUGUUUCUUGCGCGGCAAGUUUUAUGUGAUCGGCGGUAGAAAUGAGUAUAAUGAACACCUAACUUGUGGAGAACGCUACGAUGAGGAGACAAAUUCUUGGACGCUCAUCCCAGACAUGCUUGGAAGCAUGACGUUCAUGCCUUCCCAGUCGCCGCCCCUCAUCGCAGUGGCCAACAACAACCUUUACUCGCUUGAAGCAUACUCAAACGAGUUGAGGGUUUAUGAUGUAAAUGCAAACAGUUGGAAGAAACUUGGUGUUGCACCUGUGAUAUCAAAUGUGGGCUUCGGUUGGGGCGUGGCGUUUAAGUCAAUUGGAAAUAGGCUUUUGUUGAUUGGAAACUCGUCUCCUCAUUCUUCGUGUGCGACAAUGAGAGCUUUCACGUGUCGUCGUCCGUCUCCAGACGUGGAGGAGCUAGUUUGGGAAGAGCUAAAUACCAACUAUGGCAAUGUUCAGUUCGACCAUUUCAUUCGUAAUUGUUGUGUAAUGUUUGCUUAG